AUGACCGACAUUGCGUCCGAAGACGGUGACGGCGCCCUGCAAGAAAAUACCAAGACCGCGGCGAGCCAGCGGCGGAGUCUUCGCGCGACCGAUUCCCGGCCUGGGACUGCGAGGACCGGCAUGUCUUCCUCCCGCGGCGGCUGGUCGCAGACGACGUCUAUGAGGAAGGCCCUGCAGAGAGGGAGUCUAAGCGGUAGUAUUGGAAGCGGACGCCCGGUCAGUUCCACGAGCCGGAGCCAUGUUCCUCUGGCUUCGCAUGCCUUCUUCCACCCUAUGAGCUCCCAGAAGUUACAGGCCCAGCGAGGCGCGUCGCGCUCUGGCGCUGCUACCAUCGAAAAUCGAUCGAGCAUCGGAGACAUCCCGGAUGACGACCAGUCUCACAUUCUACCCCAGGGCGCCAGCACCUCUAGACCCGUCGCCCAUUUCGCCCAUCGUAUAACCGAUGACGGCGACAUGCCACCGCCCCCCUCUCGGGGUACCGAGGUGACGGAGCCGUACGAUCGUAUCACGUCUACCACGAGCCCGACCCGCGGCCACCAUCUAGCUGAUAGCGUCAGCGACAGCGUGCGCCCGCUGCAGCGAAAGAAGGCCGAGGAGCUUGGCCUGAACCUGGAUGUUGACAAGACUCACAAGUCCGGUGGGAAUCUACCAAGCCCCAUCAAGUCGUCAAGGUCCUUUCGAUCUAACCUUUUCUUCUCCGGCAUGCGCGAAUCCACAGGCACCCCCACGAAUCGCAACACGCACGGCGCAGAGAAGCUUUCCUCCGGCGGCUCCUCGCCCCAGCUUACCCCUUCGGCCACCAACACCCCCGUUGCCCAGGCCAAAGUGGCUAGGGAGAAGACGACAGGCCUCGGUCAUAACCACGAGUAUUUCGAGGGCAACACCGUGUUCUGCAUAGGCGGCCGCCUUCAAAACACCCGGCAUCGACCCAUCAACAUCGCGACCGGAUGCUUAUUCGUCAUACCAGCCAUUCUCUUCUUCGCGUUCUCUGCGCCCUACUUAUGGCAUCACGUUUCGCCCGCGGUCCCUAUAUUGUUCGCUUACCUGUUUUACAUAUGUACCUCUUCUUUCCUUCACGCGUCGGGCACGGAUCCUGGGAUCCUCCCGCGCAAUCUUCACCACUUCCCCCCGGUGGAUGAGAACGAGGACCCGUUGCGGUUGGCCCCGCCGACCAACGACUGGACCCUGAUCAAAUCGGCCGAGUCGGCGACGGCGGCGAUGGAAGUGCCAACUAAGUAUUGUAGGACUUGCAACAUCUGGCGGCCGCCCCGAACCCACCACUGUCGGCUGUGCGACAACUGCGUCGAGACCCAGGAUCACCACUGCGUGUGGAUCAACAACUGCGUCGGGAGGCGCAACUACCGAUACUUCUUCACCUUUCUGACGUCGGUCACGCUCCUCUCCCUCUUCCUGGUCGGCGCGUCGCUGGCCCAGGUGGCGGUGUUCUCCCGCCUCGAGGGCGUCUCGUUUGGGGCGGCGGCGGACCACUUCCGCGUCCCGUUCGCGAUGGCGAUCUACGGGGUGCUGGGCGCGCUGUACCCGGCGGCGCUGAUGGGGUACCACCUCUUCCUGAUGGCGCGGGGCGAGACGACGCGGGAGUUCCUCAACUCGCACAAGUUCCUCAAGAAGGACCGGUACCGGGCCUUCACGCAGGGCAGCAUGCUGAAGAACUGGCUCGUGGUGCUGUGCCGGCCGCGGCCGCCGACGUACUACCGCUUCCGGCACCGCUUCGAGGAGGGGGACCAGCGGCUCGGGGAGCGCCGCAGCCGGCGCAAGGGCCACCGCGCGCCCGGCGACGGCCAGGACAUGGAGCUGCACGCCGUCCCGCCCCCCGACAUCGGCUUUCAGGGGCCGACCGCGCUGCGCAACCUCACGGCCAGCACGCAAUAA